AUGGAGAGACUAUUACUCAUCUCUGUCAUUCUUAGCUUCUCUGUCUCUGUCUUUUCGUAUAAUGUUCCCGCAAUUUUCACAUUCGGAGACUCCAUAUUUGAUGCAGGUAACAAUCACUACAACAUCAACUGCACAGCCCAGGCCGAUUUUCCGCCUUAUGGAUCCAGUUUCUUCCACCACCCGACCGGAAGAUUCACCAAUGGAAGGACAGUCGCGGACUUCAUAUCCGAAUUUGUCGGCUUAGAUUUGCAAAAACCAUAUCUGCAAGCACAUCUUGAGGUUGUUAAUGGAAGUCAGAAGGCUUAUCCGUCCAAUGGCAUCAACUUUGCAAGUGCAGGCAGUGGAGUUUUGCUCGGAACGAAUAAAGAUUUGGGAGUGAUACCAAUCCAGGUCCAGCUACAACAAUUCCAAACCCUAAUAGAACAAAACCAGAUUGACGAAAAACUGGUCCGGCAAUCUCUCUUCUUCAUCGAGUCUGGUUCAAACGACGUCUUCAACUACUUCCUCCCAUUUGAUCCCCCAACUCUCAACCCAGACGCAUACGUGCAAGCCAUGUUGACACAAGUUGGAAUCUUCCUUGACCAAAUUUACAAGCUUGGUGCUCGCCGCAUUGCCAUUUUUUCGCUAGGUCCUGUGGGUUGUGUUCCGGCGAGGUCCCUCUUGCCUGAUGCACCGAUUGAACGAUGCUUCGGGAAGAUGAAUAGGAUGGUCAAGAAUUACAACUUCGGUUUAGAAAGUUUGGUGAAGAACGUAACCAUAAAGUAUCCUGGUGCAGUUGGUGUUUAUGGAGCUGUAUAUGACACCGUGCAGCAGUUUCGAGCACUCCCAACUCGCUACGGCUUCUCCAAUGUAUCAAGUGCAUGCUGUGGUGAAGGAACUCUGGGAGGGAUGGUGCAAUGUGGCAAGGAAGGUUACAAGAUGUGUUCAAACCCUAAUGAGUUCUUGUUCUGGGAUUACUUCCAUCCAUCAGAGCACACUUACAAACUCAUCUCCAAGGCUUUAUGGGGUGGAAGAGGGUCACGAAUUCGUCCCCUAAAUUUGAAGACUCUGGCAAAUAUUACAGUCACUCGUGAAUGAGUAACAAGAAUAUUUUGAGGGAUGUGUAAGCAAAGAAAGAGUACAUUUAUCAGUCUACAUGAGUAAACUUCAUAAAUUAUGGGUAUCUAAUAGAUUUGUGUGUGUAUUAGUA